AAACGGAAUUUUUCUUUUAGGGAAGAUCCUGGCUGUAUGAAUUUGAUGACGUUUUCGACGUUCUUGGUGAUCGCGCUCGAAGGCUUUAUUUUCGGUACAAACUACCUAAGGAGAAAGAAUCAUAUUCCUAUUCGUGCCUAUCUGAAAGUUGUGAUUGUUUCCUUUGCCGUCAGUGUUAUUAACAACCAGGCUCUAAAUUUUAAUGUUCCUGUUCCUUUACACAUUAUUUUCAGAUCGCGUUACUCUGAUGUCGCAGAAGCAUCGUUCGAUUUUCGUCUCUUGACAGGCGUGGCUAUGCUCAUUUUUGCACUUGUAUUUUCUUCUUUUCUGGGCAUUUUUCAAGAGCAGCUUUACGAACGGUAUGGAAAACACCCUAGGGAAGCGAUGUUCUAUGUGGUAAUGAUAGUUUUGUUCGUUUCACGUUUAUUUGUCAACCUGCUCUUUGCACAGUUAUCUGAAAAUUUACGUCACAGCAUUCCUCGGUAUAUCUUUAGACACAAAUGGUGGUUUUUUCUAAUUCACAGUGGUUUACCAUUUUUAAUCGGAUGAUC